AUGUGCAAUCAGAAUUCCAAUGCCCUGAGGGUUCUGGAUAUCCCACACAAAGGAGGAAGAAAGCUGCAGAAAUUCACGACCAGUGCUUCUGGAGGGAUACGACCCCGGGCUCGAGCCCCCCACUGCAGCCACUGGGGCGCGGGGGCGGGGGGUGCUGAGGCGGGGCCCCCCGCCGCCUCGCUGCGCAGGGCGCUAGGCCUCCGUAGCCUCGUUGUUCCACUGCUUUCCCGGGACCUCCCCCCCUCCGAGUGCGCGCGGCGCGGAGGGGCAGGCGCGGCCUGCGUCGGGUCCAGACCCCGCCCUCUGCCGGAAUGUGCGGAGCCUUACCGCGCCCGGCCGCCGCACCCUCCGGCCGAACCUGUGCUGGAGAAGAGGAAAAGAGGGGGGAGAGCGUUUGGCAUCAACAGCAUUUUAUAUCAGCGCGGUAUAUAUCCAUCGGAAACUUUUACUCGAGUGCAGAAAUACGGACUCACCUUGCUUGUAACCACUGAUCCUGAGCUUAUAAAAUACCUAAAUAAUGUGGUGGAACAACUAAAAGAUUGGCUGUACAAGUGUUCAGUUCAGAAACUUGUGGUUGUCAUCUCAAAUAUUGAAAGUGGUGAAGUCCUUGAAAGAUGGCAGUUUGAUAUUGAAUGUGACAAAACUGCAAAAGAUGAUAGUGCACCCAGAGAAAAGUCUCAGAAAGCAAUCCAAGAUGAAAUUCGUUCUGUGAUUAGGCAGAUCACGGCCACGGUGACUUUUCUUCCAUUACUCGAAGUUGCUUGUUCAUUUGACCUCCUGAUUUAUACAGACAAAGAUUUGGUUGUACCUGAAAAAUGGGAAGAGUCGGGACCACAGUUCAUUACCAAUUCUGAGGAAGUCAGGCUCCGUUCAUUUACUACCACAAUCCACAAAGUGAACAGCAUGGUGGCCUACAAAAUUCCCGUCAAUGACUGAGAAUGAGACUAGGAAAGGAACGUGGUGGAAAACAUUCUUGAGGUGGCUUUCCUGAAUCAAAGUCAACUGGAGUUGGUGACUUACUUUUUUGGUUACUUUUUAAAUGGCAAAACCCAACAUACUUUAAUGAACUGUGCAUAACUGUUCCAUGUUUGGAGUGCCUGCUUGACUUAUAGGCCAACAUAAUGAGCGUGUUGCACGUUGUGCACAAGGAGCCAGCGGGAUUCACGAACAUGGCAGUGGCAAUUGCCCUGAAGGCAGUGGUUGUAGAUGGAAAGUCUUUUGCUAUAAAGCUACUUUGCUAACUCAUUUGGUCAAAUGUGUAAGCUGGAUAGGAGAUACUUGUAUAUAAAACAGGCAAAGUGAAAAUUUAGAACUUCAGUUUAGAUCCUGAAAGUAAUGAAAUGUUGCUUUAGUGGGUCUCUUUGUCAGUUUAUUGUGUAGUUCCAAUAUUGAAAAAUUUUGUAUUGUUUGACUUUAAUUUAUGUAACCUAUAAAGCAAUGGAUGUUUGUGUUGUUCACUUCCCAUAAUACAGAACUCUUAAAUUUUUAAAAUGUUUUCUUAAAAAUCAAGCUUUAAAUGAU